GAAGCGGCGGACUUGUCCUGGCUGUUGGGAUCCCCGGCGCGAUGGCGUCUCCGUAUUCAGUCAGAGUCUUCCCAGUCAGCAUCCCUGCAGUGAUCAUGGUAACUAACCGGCUCUGAGGACUGGGCGGCGCCAGCGUUUGGUGGGGAUUUGCUAGUUCUUGUGUGGACUGCGCAGGCGCGGGCGGGCUGACUCCCGAAGCCGCGCUCUGCUCCGCUGAAUGGGGCAGAUGGGGCACCGGCUGCCCUCUGGGUCCCCAACACCAGUGUGCCCACCCUGAUGGGUCUUACCAGCUUGCAUGGCUUUCCCUACCAGUCUCUGGACAGACAGAUUCUCAAGUGUGCUGUCGUUCCGAUGUGACACAGAAGAUAUUAGCGGUACCCACUCUUUAAGGACACGAUUCCGAGCAGUCACUAAGAGCUUUAGGGCUCCAGACACAGGGGCUGCACUUGGCGUUGUGGAGCAAUGCCCUUGAAAAAGAGCAUAGGAAGUGCUAAGAAGUCGGGACUGGGAACUUAGUAUUAGUUGGAGACAGAAUCAGAAAGAUUUGAGCGUUGGGGUAUGGACUUAAGACCCCCAAAGAACUGGUGAAGCAAGCACACUAUCUAGUGAGCUGGGGACAGUCAACUCUGCAGGUUAGGAUGGCUCGCAUUUCCAGGCCUCCAUGCAAGGAGUUUGGUCUAAGCAGCCUCACACAUUCCGAGUCAACGUGAUGUUACUUAGCUUGUUCGUUUAGUUGAUUAUAACCCUUUAGAUUUCACGGAGUCAAAAGAGGCAAGUUUCCAUUCUGUGUGCUCAGACCUUAAAAUCUUUAUUAAAAAAAAAAAAAUCUGUGAAUAUGUUUGCAGUUGAGGCGUCGCAGUUUCCUCUCUCUUGCUCCAGCUUGUCUGAGAGGUCUAGUUGUAUAGUCCCCAAACUCAAUGGAAGGGACCAGUAGUUCCCACCACCCACAGGGAAGCAGUGUCUCUGCCCUCCAGGUUUCUAACAGUGUAUCCUCACAGGAGACGGACUGGACAGAGCCCUGGCUCCUAGGGCUCCUUGCCUUCCACCUGCUGUGCCUACUUCUCACAUGCUUCUCCGCACAGAGGUAUAAACUACAGAUUGGCCAUUUCCUUUGUCUGGUGUUAGUCUAUUGUGCCGAGUACAUCAACGAAGUGGCUGCAAUGAACUGGAGAUUGUUCGCAAAGUAUCAGUACUUUGACUCCCGGGGAAUGUUUAUUUCUCUUGUGUUCUCAGCACCGCUGCUCUUCAACGCCAUGGUCAUUGUGAUUAUGUGGGUACGGAAGACUUUGACUGUGAUGACUGACCUGAAGAACUUACAGGAGAGGAGAAAGGAGAGGAAGAGGCGAAGAAAAGAAGAAUAGCACUGAGCUGCCCUACACCGUGUUUGUCCUCUGACUUGGUUGUUUCCAUCUGGGAGCUGCAUAUGGCCCAGAUGUCUUCUGUCAGCCGACUCAUGGUUUGGAAAAACACACCACAAAUGGUUCUUAUAUUUUACUCUGUUUGGAGCCCUCGUAAAGCUGUUCUUAAAAAAACUAAUGACAUGACCUGGAAGCAUGGUGAAUGGGGACCCAUCCUUUACAUGGGGAGCUUUCUGGCUCAGCCACAUCAUACACAGCUUCUCACAAGUUGCUGGUAGAUCUCACGGUGUGACUAGAGGUCACGCAGGUUUGAGUGUGGAAAUGGGGAAAUAAACAGCCCCAUCCUUCUGUGAGCACUACCUGCUCCCUCUUCUGUCUCUAGCCUGCAGUGGUGGCUAUCAGCUAAAGGUGGGUGUUCCCCAGAAACUUUGCUGAUGCUUGUCACCUCAGGUGGACGUGGCACUUGUGUCCAUAGGAUGGAGCCUAAGUUGCUGAAAUCCUACAGGGUACAAGACAGCCCCACCAUGGAGUAUUGCUGUGUAUAUAAUGUCAGCAGUACCCAGGCUGAGGGAGUGGUGGGCAGGUCUGGAAAAGAAUGCAGUGUGUUUCAGUUCCCAUGAAGCUAGGCCUCUAAAUAAUUUCGUUGGGGCUAUGCCACUGGAAAUGUUUUGUUUAAAAAUAUUAAGCUAGAAUGAAAGCUGUAAAAUCAAGACUCCGUGGAAAAUAGUAUGUCAAAUGAACCGUUUGGCUUUGUUUUUUCUGGAUACAGAAUUAUAAAUACCUAUAUACUCAGAGAAUGGCUUAACUGUUCCCACCCAGAUGUGACAAGUGCAGACAGUUCUUCCUGAGUGUCACAGCUUGUGCAGCUCGGGGCUGGCAAGCACAGCAGGGUGUAUUGGCACCUGUGCUUCGGUUUUGUCAGAUACCCUUGGUUUCUAAGGAAUCCGGAGAUUACAAGUGACUGAGACCCAAACUCAGAGACAGUAUUUAUUACUGGAAAUACUACACACUCUUGGCUUUAGUUUAAAGAAAUAAUUUGUGAAUUAUUCAUUUAAUAGGAUUUUUUUCCUUUCUAAAUGAAACAUUCGUCAAAGUUCUAAACUACAAUAAAAUCUAGUUAAAAGUAUUUAAAUGGUUAAAAGUAGAUCGUUUGAUAAACUAUGGUUAUGUUCUGAAACCCUGUUAUAUAGUUUUUAAUGUUUAUCCGGCUUUAGGCUUUAACUGAAAGUCUAUGGACGGACGUGUGACAACCUGAGUCCGUGGCUCCUACUGCAGCACUUAACCUGAUUCGUGUUCCCAGUCUCUUGAUUUGUUCCACUUUACAUUGAACAAAAAAGUGCCAAAGAAAAUAGCACACUGUAGUAAGUCAGAUUUUCAAUUUAAAAUCACAGUUAAGUCAUGGACAUUGUAUCUAAGGGUAUACCUAAUUGUUUCUGAAAUUUUCUGGUUCAGGAUAUCUGAUCAUUUUAUGGUUACAAAGGUGCUUACUAUGACAUUGAUUAGUUACACAGAAAAUAAGAACAAAUUAGUUAGAUCAAUCUGAAACAGUAGAGUGUCACAUAGGUCUGGAGCUCACCAACCAGAUCUGUUCCCUCAGGCCUUUAUGUCUGAGGCCAGUAGUGCUGAAUGGGUUAGAGAGCAGUUAAAAUGUCUGGUUCUGGCAUGUGUUGGCAUUAAUACCUCAGACUGUGUCACCAUGACCUUCACUUUGGGCUUUAUGCCUUGUCUCUGCAUGUAUGGUUGUGGACGCAUGUGUGCUUAGUUUUUGAGAUAAUUAAUAUCUGUGUGUGUUUUAGAAAACGAGAGCUUUGGAUUAGAGAGAUAGCUCAGUUGGUAUUUUUCAUUUAAGCAUGAAGACCGAGUUUGAACACCAAACUCCUUAACGUUUGCUCCCAGGUGUUACAAGCCAAGUCCAGUCACUGGAAAACCUACUAGAUGGAAGGAAGGAGCCCACACUACAAGUUGUCCUCUAACUAUAUAUGCACACAAAAUAAAGUGGUCUGUAGUCAUUCCUGAUGAACAACACCUGAAGUUGUCCUCUGGCUUUCACACAUGCACAUGUGCACACUGGUACACACAUAACACAUAUACAAAUGUUUUGUGUUUCCUGAAAUUCACUCAGUGGUUAAAAUUAUACUUGAAGGAACUUCUUAAUAUUUUGUUCUUAUAUUAAGGACAACCCUGCAAGCUGGAACUAUGAACAAGCAAUUGGGUUCAGUGCUGCUCUGAGGAUUCUACAGAUUUGCCCAGUGCUGUGUUCACACUUCUGUAAAGGAAGGUUUAUAGGCAACUGAUAGACACAGUGAACACUCACUGAGUAGUUGUGGAAAGCACUGGAAAGGCCUGAAAUAACCAUUUAAUACAGCCCAUGAAACUUCAUGUUUGCUGAUUAUUAUGCAUUGAUAUACAAUAAAAUAUGUUUGAUAAUAUACAAUGUA